AUGGACACAUACCCAGACUUGCCCGAGGGGGUGGAAGGUGUCGACCUGUUGAGAAGGAUGGCAGAAGCGAGUGCGGACGACUAUCGAACCAAGGACGUUGCUCGACGGGCCGCGUUUGCGGACGGCGGGGCGCUGGCAGCGCUCCUGGAGAGCCGGAACCGCAACGCGCCCUGGAAUAGCGGGAUACCUUGUUCAGAGGCAUGCCGGAGGGUAGAGAGGUGUCCAGAGUUGAUGUCGCUGCUAAGGCGAGUCGUCUCCACGAACGGUUGCCUUGGCCGUCCGACCACAGUGGAGGAAGAGGUGCUUGCCGUGUUCCCCCGGGACGACGAAGCCGACGACGCAGAGGACAGUGGGACCAAGUACCGGAUGUACGUGCGGGCGCUGACUCUUUCCAACGGGGAUGGUUUGGCACAAUCGCUGGAGCGAUUCGAGAUGCUCCGCCCCAUCGACACCGGUUUUGGCCACCUCUUGCGGACGCUGGGCUGGGCGGGCAGUGGUGUCGGACCGCUGACGCUGCUGUACGUUGGCUGUUCGAUGGCGUCGUCCCCUGAAGGCCGCAAGGUGGAUGACGACGAGCUGCGCGUGUCGGUCUUGGCACGGGAAGCGAAAGCGGCAGGAGCGCUAGUGUCGUACCAUACGUACACAGUCAUGUCCGUCGAGACGCCAGCGGCCGAUGAAGACGAGGAUGACGAGGAUGACGAGAAGGAAGCGCAAAGCACAGGACGCAGCUGGGCCGGGCCGACGGUCUGGCAGCGCGUGGAUCCAGACGUGGCAGAAGUGGAAGCGGUGGUGAGGUUGGUUCUUGGACCGUGCGCCCUCAAUUGUGCCGUGGGUGGAUUCCGCCACGUCGUGAAUCUGGCUCCGGCGACGCGCGAGUGCAUAAGCAAAGUGACCGAUCGGCUGACCCAGGUUUUGACCGCUGAGCACAGUCCUACCGAUGAACACAAGCGGCAUGAGCGGAAGAUCAAGGCAGAGGUGAGGGCUGCUUACCGGUCGAGUAUGCCCAAGGUUCUUUCUGAGGCCAUGUGCGAGCGGGUCCGACUGUUGGCCAUGAAGCAAAGUACCAUGGUUGCUUCAUGA